UGCGACAAAAGGUGUUAGACUGCUUGAGUGAAUUAAUCCGUGAGUGCAGAGAAGUAUUUAAGAAGAGUUUAACAACUUUAAGAAAUAAACCGUACAACCAACAUCAAUGAUGGUGCUAGGCUACAAAUUUACGAUUUUUCUCGUUUUCACCACUGUAUACGUAGCAAAAACUCAGGACAACCACGGAAUUUCCCUUUACGAUUUCAAGACGCAUACAUUAUUUCCAAAAGACGACGAAGGGAAUACACGUCUACCAUACACCUACACUUCAACUGUCCCACCAAUAUUUCGUGGGCCCGUGUGCCCCCGUCACAGUCAUAUCUUCAGUUUCUCUAACGUCGGUCUUCAAAAAAUCGGUCGAGACUUUAUCAACAGCAAUGACAUCAUCAAUCUAAGACUCGAUGACAAUAACAUAAGUGAUAUUUCGCCAUUCGCUUUCCGCAAUAUGCGAAACCUGCAGUAUCUGGACCUUUCCGGAAAUAAAAUUCCGAAAGAAAAGCUAUUGUCGUUGACCGGAAACGAAAAAUUAGAGGUGUUAAUUAUCGAUAACAACCGAGAUUCUCAUAACCCCGUGACAAAUACCCUGAUUGAAUAUGAAGUUUUUUCAAAUUUGAAAUAUCUGCACCUGUGCAAUAGUCAAUUAGGGAACUUCCAAGUGCCUUUUCAGCUCGCUACACCCAUCUUGACUCACUUAUAUCUGAACAAUAACAGCAUCAGUUCCAGUGAUGUCGUCUUCGAAAAUAUUCCGGCAACAUUAACUCAUCUUCACCUAAAGAAAAAUUUGAUCGAUCGAGUCAAACAAGGAAAACUCAGGAACUUACGGGAACUCAUUAUGGACGAUAACGCCAUUACCCAAGUAUGCUUUGAGGACUGCGAAGACAAAUCCAUAUCCUUGAAAGACGCUGUAUUAUUACAGAAUCUGUCUUUAGCCAACAAUCUGAUCUCAGAAAUAUCGCCCGAUGCCUUCAGUGACACGAGACAUCUGUCAAUAUUAGAUCUCUCGGGCAACAAGAUCACCGAUGUGCCCAAGAACACUUUUAAUAAUACUAUUAGCAUAACUGCUCUUUCUUUGGCUAACAAUACACUUGCUACCGUACCGGAUGUUUGCCCGAUGUUUCGCCUAAGGACUCUGGAUCUGUCUGAAAAUCGCAUCAGUGCAAUUCUCUCAGGCACUUUCUGUCCUUACUUGAGUAGUUUGGAGUAUUUAUAUUUAUCAAACAAUGCUAUAACCACCAUUCAGUUCCGAGCUUUCCAUAAUCUUCAGAAAUUGAAAUAUCUGGACCUUUCCGGAAAUCGACUUAGGGAGCUUCCGAUGAACUGGGGAUACACGUUGUUCAUUCAAGAGCUGCAUCUUGAACGAAAUAACUUCACCGAACUGGACAACAUAUCAUUAAUUAACCUUAAAGAGCUGACAAAUGUUUACCUUGAUGAGAACCCUAUGCCAAUAUUGAGAGCAGAAUCUUUCCGAUCGCUUCCAGGACACUUAAGAGUACAUUUGAAGAAUAUGCGUGUUGAGGAUAAAUGCGCACAGUGUCAAUGCGAUAAUGACGAAGAAGAGGGUGAUAAUGAGGAUGAUAACCACAAUAACUAUAAUGAUGAUAAUUCUAUAUAAUUCUAAUAAUAUUUUUUGGUAAUAAUUCAAGAAAUAUUUACCGUUAGAAUUAUGAUAAGAUUUCUUAAUGAUUGGAAAUACAUUUUCUUAGCAUUUAACAGUUUUAUUUUUAAAAAAUGUUGCAAAUAAGUUUUGUGGAAAUAUGAGAAAUCCGAAAUAAGGCAAAAAUUAAGUAUUUCGGUGUACAUUAAAUUAAAACGUAUUGGUGAAAAAAAGAAAAGUAAUUUAUAAUAAAAUCUUUUUAUCACUUAUAAGAGAAAUAUAUUAAUAGUACCUUAUAGUACUUAUUUUCAGAGAUCCUCUCUAUUUGUAUUAAAAAUACUAUUUUUAGAAAGUUUUAAAAAUGUUUCACAUAAAACAUGGUAAAUAAUGAAACAAGUACAUCAGUUUUAAUUUAGCUAAUGCAUAUUUUUCGAAUUAUCUUUUAUUGUGUAACUCAUUUAGCGGAUAU